AUGGCUCGUCGUUAUGAUACCCGAACAACAAUCUUUUCACCCGAAGGUCGAUUGUAUCAAGUUGAGUAUGCUAUGGAAGCCAUUAGCCACGCUGGGACCUCCCUCGGUAUUCUAGCAACUGAUGGCAUCCUUCUUGCCGCAGAGAGAAGAAAUACAAACAAACUACUUGAUGAAGUGUUUUUCUCUGAAAAAAUUUACAAACUGAACGAUGAUAUGGUUUGCUCCGUCGCUGGAAUAACAUCUGAUGCAAAUGUAUUAACAAAUGAGCUGAGAUUGAUUGCUCAAAGAUACCUGUUGCAAUAUGGUGAAUCUAUACCCUGUGAACAGCUUGUUUCAUGGUUAUGUGAUGUAAAACAGGCAUAUACUCAAUAUGGAGGUAAGAGGCCAUUUGGUGUAUCAAUUCUUUACAUGGGUUGGGACAAACAUUAUGGUUACCAGCUAUAUCAGUCUGACCCCAGUGGUAAUUAUGGCGGUUGGAAAGCUACAUGCAUUGGCAACAAUAGUGCUGCUGCAGUUUCAAGUUUGAAACAAGAGUACAAGGAGAAUGAAACUACCCUCGCCGAAGCCCAAGCUCUGGCAAUUAAAGUGCUUAGCAAAACUCUGGAUAUGACUAAGUUAACUCCAGAAAAAGUGGAAAUGGCGACUCUGACACGCAAAAAUGACAAGACUGUUAUCAGAAUUCUCACCAGCACUGAAGUGGAGAAACUUAUUGCAAAUUUCGAAAAGAGUGAAGCAGAAGCCGAAGCUGCUAAGAAACAAGCCCCUAAAUCUUAA